AUGCUCGCCCAAGUCACAAAGGACGACGAACGAUACGCUUACGCGCUAUCGAAAAUCGAACCGAAGCAAGCAAAGGAGGUUAAAGAUUUCAUAACACGACCACCCUCGCAAGGAAAGAAGCCAUCUCAAUUCCUGCGACAUCUGACCGCCCUGGCAGGCGCCACAGUCUCCCCGGAGUUGCUGCGAACCAUGUGGUUAGGACGACUACCGCCACAGAUACAGGCAAUAUUAGCAACAAGGUCCGCAGACAACCUAGAGGACGUCGCGGAGCAAGCCGACCACAUUCUCGAGGUUGAGAGUAAAGCAAUAGUUGCGGCAACUACAACAUCGCAUAAAAAAGCGCAAGCAAAACAACAGAUCUCGGAUCAUCAAAUCGAGGCCCUGACUAAACAAGUGGCAAUGCUGACAGCGCAAAUGAGCGCGAUGGCAAAAGCCAUGAAACUCCAGCAAAAUGGCAGGAGCAGAUCACGAAGCCGUUCCAGAAUCAAAACGCCGCAAGAACCAGGAAUAUGCUUCUACCACAGACGCUUCGGAAAAGAAGCUUGCAAAUGCACACAGCCGUGUACAUACAAGCCGAAAAACGCCGCAGGCGGUCAUUAA